CAGAUGGAUAAUAAUGAAGACAAAUCUCCUGUGAAGUAAAAUUCCCUGAACAUCUGACAAAUCUCUUUUGUCAUUUUUUCCCACUGCUAGGAGACCUAUUUUGGGAUACUUACAUCUUUCCACUUGCAGCUAGGAUGGAGGAACACGUUUACAUAUUUUUACUGUUCAGAAGCUCUUUUCCGCCAUUAAAUACCUUCCAUCCCUGGCUGGAUGGCUCAGCUGGUUGGAGCAUCGUCCUGUGAACCAAAAGGUUGCAGGUUCAGUUCUGAUUCCAUCCCUGCUCUGGGCCAGCAUCAGUUUUGAAUGUCCAGGAAUCCAAAGCUUCUGAAAGAACGGUUGUAGUUGCUGGUCUGCCGGUUGACCUUUUUAGUGAUCUAUCAGUGACCACAUUAGUGAAGAGACACUUCCAAGAUAUCAAGAAUGAAGGCGGGGUUAUUGAAAAUGUGAUAUAUCCAACAAGAACCAUGGGAGUUGCAUAUGUAACAUUCAAAGAAAAAAAAGUUGCAGAGAAUGUCAUCAGAAAAAAGAAACACUAUCUAGCAGAGAAGGUUGGACCCAUUCAACUCACAGUCUCUCAUUUUAGUGAAAAGGUCUUGAUCUCUGUAAAUGCUAUUCUUGAUCUCUCUGUUUUUCGAGGUCAGUUCCCUCUGGGAAGUCUGGUGAGGGACCUGAAAAAGAAAAUUCCAAGUUUAUGCUUCAGUCCUUUGGCCCAAAAUGGAAGAAUCUCCGUUCAAGGAUCCUUUCUGGCUAUCAAGAAGCUCAAAGAAUCUUUGCUAUUUAAAGCAAGUUCUCUUUCAGAAAAAAACAGGAGUUGUAUCAGUGAGGGGGAAAAGAGUAGACAGAGCCCCAGAAGGAGUCUACAGAGAAGUAAUAACUCUUUGGAGUCACCCAGGUCCUCAGUACCCGAGACGGCUAGACGUGGAGAGACUGCCAGAUGUGGAGAGACGCUUGUCCUCGAAACAGAUGUUUUCCUGUACCUGAAAAAGAACGGCGUUUAUGAAAGUACUUUGAGAAAAUACCAUGUGCUAUGUCAGGAGAGAGUGGAAGGUGAAAUCACCACAAUUUGCCUAAAAAAUGCUCGAGAUGGUUUGCGGCCAAACAAUGAAAAACUUGUAAAAGAGUACUUUGAGAAAUAUUCACAUGCUCUUCACUUUGAGCUUAGAAAAGAGACGUUUGAUUUGGAAGGAAAGGAAAAGAGAGAGAGAGGGAAUAUUAAGUUGGCAUGUGAACAACUAAGUUUGAAGUACCAUCAGAAACUUCUGGUUAAUUUUUAUAAGACACACAUUGAUAUUAUAGGAUCUUCUUCUGAUGUUUACUCAUUUAAAAAAGAGGUCAUGAAAUUCAUAAGGCAAACAGUUAGGUGACAGAAUCUCAGCAAUAGUGAUGAUAAUGGCUGCUGCUUUUCCUUCCUGAGCAGUGAGGAUGCCAUGCAUGAUGAUAGCUUUACCCAUUUUAUCUCAUUUAAUCCUUGAGACCAUCCUUCGUUAGAGUCAUUGCUUUCCUCAUGUUAUAGGGGAAGGAACUAGGAUUUGGAGAGGUUAAAACACAUGUCCGAGGUUAUCUAACUGGCAAGGAAUGGGGCUGGGGUUAAACCCAGUCUAUGUGACUAUAAAGGAAAUAUCUAAAGUAUAAAACUUUGAAAAAAAAAAAACACCUCAUCAAGCUUUGAAGAAAUCUCACUUUCUCUGAAACCCCAAAUUCUUAGAAAAGGAAGUAGCUUUAAUUCUAAUAUGCGAGAAGUUCAGAUGAUGAUGAUUAUGCCGUUGGCAAUUUCUUAGCAUUUGCAAAGUUUGCAUUUAUUCUAAAUAGAAUAAGGCUGCUGGCAAGCCCUGGCCAGGUAGCUCAGUUGGUUAGUGCAUCCAGAUAUAUCAAGAUUGCAGGUUUGAU